AACCUGAACUAUCCGUUCAGCGCCUUGGCUGGUCACAUUCGGCUUCCCCUUUCCCGACACGACAAAGAACCGUUAUUUCUCACGGAAAGGGUGCCAUUUAUCAGGUAUGCCGGACGCGACACAAUAUGGGCUCCAAUUCAUGUCUUGAUCGGAAUGAUGUCAGGUCGAAGCCCAUCAGAGUAAGCAAGAUAGUGCUUAAGCUUUUAGACACGUCAUACACCCAUCGUCAUCGCAGCUGCUGAUAGACAUUGGCUGCGCACAGACAGUUGCUUGUUCUGCCUCAUGCGGCGUGCCAUUGAGCCCCAAUCCAAAGGGAGGUACUUUGUGCCCAUACACGAGAUCCCGGCGACUUGGACAAUCCAUCAAAAGGGUAUUCCUGCGACCGACAAGGGGAGCUGCCAAGUUGUCUCAUGCGGGUUAUUCUGUUGUGGGGAGAUAACCGCAGGGACAUAUCGGACGACUUCUCACAGUUGGGAUGCAGCGCGCCCGACGUGGAGGUAUCCUCAAUGCCGGACUGAGGUAGUAUCAGAGGAGACGGAUAGUCGUCCAGGUGACAUGUAUGCUAUGCUAUGCGUGCCUGUGUCCACGGUGUCGCCGGUUUCGGUCGCUUGGGAGGGAUUGGGGCAAGGGUUAUCAAGAGAGGGGACAGCUCAUUGGCGCAUGAUGAUGCCUGUCGUCGCGGGUUGUGGCUCUGACUUCCAAUGCGUUCGUCAGCAUGUCGGGGGUAGGACAGGGCGCUCACCUGCCACCGCACAGGCACGGGAACGGGUUGUGUGAGGGAUAUCCCUCCGUUAGACGGUUUAGCAGCUCUCAUCUUCAGCAGACCAGAAAACGACGGGUGGAUCAGCAAGUGGC